GCCGCGCCCCGCGGAAGCCGCGGCGCCGCCGGGUCCAUGUGGCGUUGGCUCCGCUCCGCCCUCCGGAGCCUCCGCGGCUCACCCGCCGCACCCCCGCACGGCGGUGGCGGCCGCCCGCCCGCCGCCAUGGAGCGCGCCGUGGUGCGCUGCGUGCCGUCCGAGCCCAAGCUGAGCCUGCGGUUCGUGCUGCCCGACGGCAGUGCUCGGCACAUGCAGCGCGACCAGGCGGAGCCGCUGGGGCGGGCACUGGCGCGCAUCGCCACCAACGCCGCUAAGGGCCACGGUAAGGCCGGCAAGAAGAGCAAGAAGGCGCGGGCGGAGGGCGGCGCGGAGGGCGAGGCGGCGGUGCCGGCCGUGCGGCUGUUCUCCCGCGAGGGCGCGGCGGUGGCGGAGGAGGUGCCGAACGCGGCUGCCUGGCAGGACGGCGCCGUGCUGCACAUCGGGGACGCGCGGUACCGUGUGGAGCGCAACCCGCCCGCGCUCACCGAGCUCCGCCUGCCGCGCUCGCUCCUCGCCGGCUUCCCCGUGUGCCCCAAGGUGAGCGCCGAGUUCGCCGAGCCGCAGCACUGCCUGUUCCGCUGGUUCCGCGAGCAGCGCCCCGCGGACGGCGGGGACGUGGCUGGGGAGGCCUGGGUAGAAACGGCGGCGGCCGAACGCGUGUUCACGCCGUCGAACGCGCUGGUGGGGCUGCGGCUGAAGCUGCGCUGCACGCCCGGGGACAGGGAGCAGCGCUACGGCCCGGCCCGCGAGGUGGAAAGCAGCGGCCCCGUGGAGGCCGGGCCCGGCGCCUGCACCUUCGACGCCCGGCACCUCUACACCAAGAAGGUUUGCGGCCACGGCUCCGUCCGCGCCGUCUCCUACAACAUCCUGGCCGAUACCUACGCGCAGACGGAGUUCUCCCGCACUGUGCUGUACCCCUACUGCGCUCCCUACGCCCUGGAAAUCGACUACCGGCAGAACCUGCUCAAGAAGGAGCUGGCGGGCUACAGCGCCGACCUCAUCUGCUUGCAAGAGGUGGAUAAAUCUGUCUUCGUGGACAGCUUGGCCCCGGCGCUAGAUGCUUUUGGACUGGAGGGGCUGUUCAAGAUUAAGGAGAAGCAGCACGAAGGCCUGGCCACUUUCUAUCGCAGGGACAAGUUCAGUCUCCUCAGCCAGCAUGAUAUCGCUUUCAGCGAAGCCCUGCUCUCAGAGCCGCUGCACAAGGAGCUGUGUGAGCAGCUGGCCAAGUACCCCCUGGUGCAGGAGAAGGUGCUGCAGAGGUCAUCUGUGCUGCAGGUUUCAGUUCUUCAGUCUACAACUGAUCCUUCCAGGAAGCUUUGUGUAGCAAAUACCCACCUAUACUGGCACCCCAAAGGUGGGAACAUCCGUCUGAUCCAAAUUGCUGUGGCCAUGUCUCACAUCAAGCACGUAGCAUGUGACUUGUAUCCCAGUAUCCCAGUCAUAUUCUGUGGAGAUUUUAAUAGCACACCCUCGUCAGGAACUUACAGUUUUAUCAGCAGUGGUGGCAUUGCUGAAGAUCAUGAAGACUGGGUCUCAAAUGGGGAGGAAGAAAGGUGCAGUAUGUCUCUAAGCCAUCCUUUCAAACUGCUAAGUGCUUGUGGAGAACCUGCUUAUACAAACUAUGUCGGUGGGUUUCAUGGAUGUCUGGACUACAUUUUCAUUGACAGAAAUGCUUUAGAGGUUGAACAAGUUAUUCCAUUGCCAAGUCAUGAAGAAGUAACAACCCAUCAGGCUUUGCCAAGUGUUUCACAUCCUUCUGAUCAUAUAGCACUAAUAUGUGACUUGAAGUGGAAAUAGAGUAUCCCUGGCAUGGUGCUUUUGGAGGUUUUCAAACAAGAGAUUUAAUGUACUGCUGGGGAACUGAGGUUAGACCCUGACUUUUAUGCUACUAAAAGGAAAGCCAAAAUGAUCAAUGAAGGGUUCAUGUGUUUAAUGGUUUUAAUGAAUAUUGUCACACUGUUCAGAAUAUUUGCAUGACAGUUUCCGCCCUUUUUUAUAUGCUAAUGGGAAAAGAUAUAUUGAAGACAGAGUUUUGAAAAUUGGAUUAUCAUAUACCUUGUUAACGGUGUUUUUAAAGAAUUAAAAAUUAUUUUGUUAAAAAAAAUAGGAAUUUAAUCUGAUUUGUAGGGCAGCAUACAAAUUGAACCCUGCUUAAUUCAGAAAUAAAAACAGAACACAAACCCAAAUGGAUUUCAUUCGUUCCACUUUAAUUAAUGUAAUGGUAAUUUAAGUUCAUAGAUUAUGUUGUUCACUUACCGUUACUAUGGCACAACUUUCUAGUAAGUUGCAUGAACAAUGUACCAACUUCUAAAAAGAUGUUCUUAAUUACAAGUUAAUAGACUUUCUAUCAGUAAUCAACUAUUUUAAAUUCAAGCUUAUAAUUUAUUUGGAAGCAAUUUGUCUGCCCACAUAACAUAGGUAAUGAGGAUAAUGUUAACACCUUGUGAACCUGGACUACAUGAACAGCAUCUGCUUUGAACAUACACUCCUUCUGGUUUGAGUCAUCAGCAAUAAAAGAUACUGGAGUUUAGGACAACCAGCUUUGGAUAGGAGGGAGCUUUUUAUCAAUAUCAUCUGUUUUCAGGUGGGGAGAGAUAAGAACAGUGUGGUGCAUUAGUUAUCUGUGCCUAAAUCUUUACAAAGAAACACAAGUGACUUGCAAACCUUUAUCACAAUUGUUGUAUUUUGUUCCUCUCUUGCAUACAAAGACGGCCUGAAUUUUUAAGUGUUUUUACAUGCAUUUUUUCUUUCUAGAAAUUGUGUAGCUUGCCCUAUUUUGUAGGUUGUGGGGAAGUAUAUUUUAUCCAUCCCUUAACUGAACGUGUUGGAGUGGGUUGAAUCAUUUAACAAGCUUCUUGCCCUGCAUCAUUAGUCCACAAGAAACAAAAAGCAUUUAGAAACCAUUCACUAGAUCCUCCUCUUUCACCUAAUAAAACUCCCUUUCUUAAUUGUC